AUUUAUCGUUUGAUUUCAGUUUGCAGGAAUCCGUUGAACCCCCUUUUUUCUCUCCCGGGAGCUUUUGAUAAUCGUGAAAACAAAAAUUUGCGUGGGAAAAUGGCGUCGGGCAAUCGUUAUCUCGAGGACAAGAGCAAUCCGUUUUUCGGCGCGACGGACGACGUCGACGACGACGCGUUUCUCAAGCGACGCGGAAAUUCCAGCAGCUACAUGUUCUCUGAUCACUUGACCGAAGAGGAGCGGAAAUUGGACGAGCGUCGGCAGGAAUUGUUGGCCAAGAGACGCGAAGUUGAGAAUCGCACGAUUGAGUCAACUAUGCGAAGUGUCGCACUCAUUGACGACUCGGAACGCGUGGGAACAGAAACCGCCUCGAAUUUAUUGGUGCAACGGGAAAAACUCGAGAAGACCGAAGAGAGAUUGGACGUUAUGAAUGACAAUUUGCGCCAAUCUGAACGUCAUAUCACUUCCAUUAAGAGCGUUUUUGGGAGCAUAAAGAAUUAUUUCAGUAAACAGCCGGUGAAAGCAAAACCUGUGGAAAAAAGCAAAACGGACGACAAUUUGUCUUCAGUUGUAUCUCCUCCGAAGGAGAAUGGCGACCAUCCUGCUUUGUCCUUGAGAGGAGUGGAUUAUGGUGGCUCAGGUGGUGCGUCUAGCAGAGCAGCUGCGAGUAGCAAACCUCAGUCUGCGGAUGAAAUCAUCGAUAAAAAUUUGGAGGAUAUGUCACUGGGUUUAGCUCGACUAAAAGGACUAGCCAGUGGACUAGGGAACGAAAUCGAAAGUCAGAACCAGCUUUUGGACCGUAUCACAGACAAAGCUGAGAAGAACGAGUGGAAAGUUCAACGACAAAACAAAGAAAUGGCGAGGAUUCUCAAAAAGUGAAGCGGAAUUUUUUUUUUCUCGAAGCUGAGGUUCACGUAAACGUUCCGCAGAUUAUUCCUGUUAGUGUCCCUUGAUUAGUCCCAAGGCUCCUCUUUUUUCCAACUCGAACUAUGACUCGUGUGGCGCAAUGGCGAGAAAAAGCGGGUAAAAGAAAAAUGCGCCGGACUUGUGAUGAACGUGAACCGAAGUCGAGUCUUUGUUUGAUCGCGUGUUUUAUGACUUGGGCGUUGGAGCGAGAUUGUCUUUCGUCUGUGUAAAGAAAUUGUGUCCUUGCUUUGUCCCUGUGUCUCUCUUGGUGUAUCCUAGAACCUGCUCAACUGAGGCUUCCUUUUUUUUCGUGUACCCAUUGUUUCUUUUAGCUUCAUUAUGUUAUUUUUUUCCGUCGGAUUUGAUACUUUUAUCAAGAUUUUCCGCGAAAACCAUACCGUGAUUCCCCAACAAUGAGAUAGCUCUUCUUUUUUUUUAUGCGCUAAUUUUUAUUGUUGUUUCGCCUGUAAACUUCUCACGCAUCGAACCGGGAAUUAUUUUUGGUGAUUCAAGAUUUUAUCGCAUACAUAUUUCAUUCCUCUUACACAAUUGAAAAACAACUCACAUGGUUCUCCUGUCUUGAAAUACGAAGGUUGGUUUGUAAGUUUUAUCGAUCUUGUGCUUCUCCUCUGUGAAGUCUUGUAUGAAUGCAUGGACAAGGACAUAAUUUCCACUGUUCAUCAUUUCAUGAAAGUGCCGAUUUAUCAUUCAGAUUGAAAUUAAAAAGGCACAGAACAGAAUUUCACCCGAUGUCGCAGAGAAAAAAAUGUUUAUUUUCGACUUCGCUAAUUUCAAGACUUAGGCAAAUGUUACCAAAUAUUGAAAAAUUGGGGAUGAAAACCAUGUUUUACUAAAAUAUUUAUGCUUGCAAUUUUUGUAGUAAUUAUGCUCCACCUGGAAGUUUCUUCAAAACGUCAACGCAUGAAGUUGCUUAAGUCUGGGCAAUUAUUGAUUAAGAUCGUUGGCAGAAUCUUCUUAUUAAUCCCAGAGUACUAAAUUUGUGUUCUGAAAAACUUAUGUCAAAGUACUGAAAAACUUUUGAACUUCCCCUCUCACGGAUGCUUCAUUUUUGCUGGGGAAAUUUAUAGUCCCCAAACCUUGGGACUGUAAAUCUUUUUUUUCUGUGCACGUCGUAUUUUUUGGGGAAUCACGGUAUAUAUCAAGAUAUUCCGCAGAUUGAGAUUGGAAUUAUGGAAGUAUUGGUGCGCCGAAAUCGUACGAAUUGUUGCCGUACUGUUUUCACUGUUGCAAUUUCAUAUGAUUCUUGUCAGCUUUGCAGGAAGAAACUGGUUUAUUGUUGCUUGGCAAUUUCUUCGCGUAAGCAUGCUGCAAAAGGUUUUCGUGGGUGUCCGCAUUUAUUGCUGUAAAUUUGUGAUACUCCUUGAAGCUUGAGAAAUCAUCAAAUACUGUAUCCGCUUUUUUGAGCACCUUUAGUGAUGUUUUUUGGUACGAACACCGAGGGGACUUGAGUUGAUUUUUGCUCAUGGUGAGGUUAUGUCUCAAAUUAUUCUAGAUAGCGUUUUCGUGACGUCCGCUGGAAAAAAUUGAAAUUCGCGUGUUUUAUUCACCUCGGGGAAAUCAUCUGAUCAUUGCUUUGAAGAACUCAGAAUUCUAGUUCUUAGGAAAAGAAAAAUUCAAUUAUCCGGUUGCCAGGAAAGAGAUGAAUUGAUUCCUGUCUCAAAAGGACGACUGAUGGAAGUGUAACGAAGAAAAAAGCUUGCGUGUGAAGACUAUUUUGCAGAAACCUACGCCCACGGGUUGCCUGUCCGCGUUCCCUGCAUUUUUUUUGUCCCCCCUUUUUCACCCGGUUCAUUCUUCCUUUUUAUAUUUGUGUGCGGGAAGGAAAUAAAGGGAAUCUGUUAUUUUUA